CGUUGUGUAAUCUGAUCGAUCAAUCCAGAUUCCAGAGUAGAAAAAGGAGGCGCUGGCCAAUCGCAGCGGAAACCCCGAGCGGGCCAAUCGGAGACGCGAGCGAUCAGGCUCGCGGGCACCAUUUGACCAGUGCCGCGUCUCCUUCACCAGUCAACAGUGAUCUAUCGGGCAUUGGCUGCCUCACCCACAGUGCCACAGUGAGCUGAGCUGGGCUCUGCCCCCUUUGGAGGCCGCGGCUACUAAAGCCAGCCAGCCACCCAGCCCUGUGGCCCUGUGGGGCGCCGGUGCGUGCCCAAAACAAGCAAGCGUAGAGGCGCCUACGCGCGAGGAGCGGCUGGAUGGCGGCCAUGGACCUGGAGGACGACGAGGACAUCUGGGGGAACACCGUCAGCAGCCCCAGCGCGUCGCCGCCGCAGCCACUCGCCGCGGCCGCCGCGGUCUCCCCCUGCGGCGCCUUCAUCUCCACGCAGCUCAGCCUCAACUCCCGCCUCCACCUCCUCUCCACCGCGGGCGGUUCCUCCCCCGUCGGCGCCGGCAUCUACGCCGCGGACGGCGGCCGCCACCACAUGGACCUCGGCGGCGGCUUCCGCAAUGCCGCCGCGUCCCCGGCGCCCUUCUUCUCUGCCUACAACCUCGACCCCGGCGCCGGCGGCGUCGCGCCCAUCGACGCCGGUGCCGCCCGCAGCGUGCUCGAGGACGAGAUGUGCCUCGGCCCCGGCGCGGCGGCGGCGUCCACCUGGGCCGGCGCCGUCGUCGGCGGCUCCGACCGCCGCAAGAAGCGCAUGAUCAAGAACCGCGAGUCCGCGGCGCGCUCCCGCGCGCGCAAGCAGGCGUACGUCCGCGAGCUGGAGCGGGAGGUGCAGCUCCUGCAGCAGGAGAACGAGAGCCUCCGCGUCAAGUACGAGCAGCUGAGGGUGUCCGUGGAGGUGGCGGUGCCGGUGAAGAAGACACUGCAGAGGAUGCCGUCCGCGCCAUUUUGAGGACGGCGGCGAGGAGGUCAUUCGAUUGAUUGGAUCGAAGCAGGCGGUUGCUCUUCUCCUUUUGAGGACAUCCAGUGAUCAAUAUUGCUUACAAGUAAUCGACUAAUUAGUGAGUGCUGCUACGACAACUACUCACAUAGCUUCAUCUGCCGCAGCCAGCAGUGCUCUGCUGCUACUCUACCUAGCUCGCCGUCCUUGUACAAACAUCAAGUCAUGUUCAACUUCGCGUAGGGCGUGUACUAGCUAGCUACUAGCUUUUGCCUUGAUCCAUCUGUACGGUGGCAGCUGCCUAGCUAGAAGAGGCGGGCGCCUGCCAUGGCGGCGUCCUGCUGGCUGCUAUUUAUACUUAUGUCUAUGUGCGUGUAGCUUGUCGCGUGGGAUUAGGCAGAAAGAUGACGGGCCUGCUUGUACAAAUGUCGUAACUAUUGCCUCCUGGAACAAUGACAUUUUGGGUCGCAAGAAAGAA